CAUUAACGAUUUUUUUUUUUUUUUUGACAAAGAUAUUAAUCAACGAUUUGAUUUCCUUUUCCUAGUUGGAUUUGUUUUAUCUUUUUGCGACGAUAUAAAAUAAGAUUUGAUGAGGCUCAUGCCGCUCAUCGUACAUAUCGAUUCGAAAGCCUAUAUCAUACUUUACGCUCUCUCAUUAACCAUCUAGCUAGUGUUAAGCAUCGCUGCAGAUUCCUCUUCUCAAGCCAAAUGGAGAGUGAUCUGAUAUACGAUGAUUCAAAAUCCGCGACACCCUCUAACCUUAGCCGAACCCUAGUUCUGGUCGGUCGUACUGGAAACGGAAAGAGUGCAGUAGGGAACAGUAUCCUUGGAAGAAAGGCGUUUAUGUCCAAAUUAUGUUCCCGUGGAGUCACCAACACAUGUCAGUCAGAAAGAGUUGUGCAAGAUGAUGGCCAAAUCAUCAAUGUGAUUGAUACUCCUGGACUAUUUGAAAUUUCAAGGGCAGCUGACUCUAUCGAGAAAGAAAUCUCGAGGUGCACAACAAUAGCCAAAAAUGGAAUCCAUGCUAUCCUAUUGGUGUUCUCAGUGAGGGAUGGUCUUAGAGGAGAUAAGAAAGUGUUAAGUCACUUGCAAACCCUUUUCGGCAGCAAAAUCACUAACUAUAUGAUCAUUGUCUUUACGGGUGGUGAUGAAUUGGAAGAGACUUUGGAGGAUUUUUUGACUCCACAAGAGUGUCCACCAUUCCUAAACGAAAUUCUUGAGCUAUGUGACAACCGAUUGGUACUGUUUGAUAACAAGACCAAAGAUAAUCUCAAGAAGGUUGAGCAAGUUGAGAAGCUUCUUGCACUUGUUGAGUUGGUUGCAAAGCAGAACAAUGGUAAACCCUAUACGAAAGAGUAUUUCAAUGAGCUACAGGACUAUUUGAAAUUUUAAGGGCAGCUGACUCUAUCGGGAAUAAAAUUUCGAGGUGCACAACAAUAGCCAAAAAUGGAAUCCGUGCUAUCCUGUUGGUGUUCUCUGUGAGAUAUCGUAUUAGAAAAGAUGAGAAAGUGUUUAGUCACUUGCAAACCCUUUUCGGCAGUAAAAUCGCUAACUGAUAAUUCUGUUUACUGGUGGCGAUGAAUUGGAAGUUACAUUGGAUGAUUAUUUGACUCAUCAAGAACGUCCACAAUUCUUAAAAUUGAGUGUUUGCUUCUUUUUUUUUAAAAAAAAACUGAUCUGUAUAUUGAAGAUUGAAUUGUAUGGUUGUAGGAAAUUCUUGAGCUAUGUGACAACCGAUUGGUAUUGUUUGAUAACAAGAUCAAAGAUAAUCUCAAGAAGGUUGAGCAAGCUCAGAAGCUUCUUGCACUCGUUGAUGAGUUGUUUGCAAAGCAGAACAAUGGUAAACCCUAUACGGAAGGGUAUUUCUAUGAGCUACAGGUGAUGUCAUCAUGGCUAGUUCCUCUUUGAUUCAAGUUUUUAAUUUUGUUUGAUUUUGUUAAGUCUUUUUUAUGCCGUUAUAUUACCUAAGCACAGGG